CGUGUGUACUCGUACCGCCGGGAACGUUGGGGAGCGUUCGAAGUGGACAAAAACAAGCGAUGCUCAAGUCGAGCGGAGAAUCUUGGUUUCUUCGUUGGGCUGUUGUUACGCGAGAGAGGAACGCGAGGAGGAAACGCGAUCGAUCCGUCUAACGUCUUCGUUGUCUCACCGGCUCUCAUCUUCCGGGAUUCCUUGUGAGUCUUUGUAACGCAAGUCUUCCGCGUCUUCUUCACCCUCUCUCGCUCCCGUCUCUCCUGUUGCUAUUCUUGUGUUUCCCGUGGCCUACCCGCGGGUGAGAUUGAGCCCGCGAAUAUGGUCUAGGCACAGUCUCGGUAGUUUAUCCUCGAUUGCCUCGCGAUUGGGGAUGUUGGCACGGCCAACAUUCGCGAUUGUCACCAUCGUCAACGACGAGCAGCGCGGCUUCGUAGACGCGACAAGACGCGCGAAUCUUCAUAAACCCGGGAGAUGUCUUACAGCGAUGGCUCGCGUCCAACCAGAAAAUUUAAUCCAAAAUCGCCCAAGAAGCUCUGCGUGACCAAGAGCGAGAACAGCGACAAGACCACGACGACGGUCAACUGCGGUAGUCACCAUCACAGUCAUUAUCAUCACGGUCAUCAUCGUAUUCUGGAUGGCCCGCAGCCAUCGGUACACAAGCGCAAUCUCUAUAUUGUCUCAUUUCCAUUGAUAUUAUUGUUCAAUGUGUUGCGAACUCUGCUGUAUCAGCUGUUUGUGGUGUUCAAGUAUCUGUACACCUCUACAUCUCAUUUGAUCCAGCGCAGACAGGCGUCCAAGCAAGCCUGUCAGUUAGAAAUUGUUGUUGGACAAAAGCCGCUGGAUGGUCGUUUGAUCAACAACACCCAGGUGGAAACUGAAGUCAUGUCGCAAGUACCCAGACGUCAUAUCGGUCCGGGUCCCGGAGAUCCGUUACUUGCCAAGCAGAAGCAUCAUCAUCGUAGAGCCUUUGAAUUUAUAAGCAAGGCAUUGAAGAUUGACGAGGACAAUGAAGGACAAAAAGAGAUGGCAAUUGAAUUGUACAAAAAGGGAAUUGGAGAAUUGGAGAAAGGAAUAGCGGUUGAGUGCCAUGGCGGACACGGAGAAGUAUGGGAACACGCACAACGACUCCAUGACAAAAUGUGUACAAACCUGGCAAUGGCAAAGGACAGGCUCGAUUUUCUCGUGGAUGUGUGUGAGCUGAGAAAACUGGGUAUCAACAAUGAAUAUUGCGACCCUGGAAAUAAAACGGACGGCGACCAUCCGGGAAAGCAUCUGAGGGCUCGUCGUAAUAUACACACCUUUCAAACCGCUCGAACUUUACCCAAUACCAAUCAUAGUAAGAACAUGAACAACAGCACACACACAACAGUUAAUACAGCGCAGACUAUAUGUACCCAAAUUCCCAAGUUAAGGCCACGUUCGCCAAAAAACUGUUGCGCUCAUACUACUGAAGCAUCCGGGAGAAAAUUGUCAGUCCCUGGCAAGCGAGUGACAGGAACACCCUUAAGCAAAAGUCAGACGUUACCUCGAAGCAUGGGAAGGUCGACGCCUAUUCAGCCUUGCCACAGAACUAUGCCGAUCAAACCGUCUUCAACACCGCCUUCUGUGAAAAGACAGCUGUCUGUACCUGGCAACGGUUCGCCUAUAAGACGUCCGGGAACGCCCACUACUUCGAACAGUAACAGAGGCACGCCAACUAGAAAAGUGCCUAUUUUGAAAGGUGUGGAUCCGAAACUUGCGCAAGUAAUUCUUGAUGAAAUCUUAGAAGGUGGAGCUCCUGUGCAAUGGGAAGACAUCGCCGGACAAGAGACUGCAAAACAAGCUCUACAAGAAAUGGUGAUUUUACCGUCGCUACGACCCGAAUUAUUUACCGGUCUACGAACACCCGCAAGAGGAUUGUUACUAUUCGGACCGCCUGGAAACGGAAAAACUCUACUGGCGCGCGCUGUCGCGACUCAGUGCAAUGCAACAUUUUUUUCAAUCUCCGCCGCUAGUCUCACAUCCAAAUACGUCGGAGAGGGUGAGAAAUUAGUAAGAGCUUUGUUCGCGAUCGCGCGGGAGUUGCAACCGUCCGUUAUUUUCAUCGACGAGGUGGAUUCGCUGUUGAGCGAGCGGAAAGAUAACGAGCACGAGGCUUCGAGGAGAUUGAAAACAGAAUUUUUAGUUGAGUUCGACGGUUUACCGUGUAAUCCCGAAGAACGGGUUCUCGUUAUGGCUGCUACAAACAGACCGCAAGAAUUAGACGAAGCUGCGCUGCGACGAUUUACAAAACGCGUUUACGUUAUGUUGCCGGACUUACAAACAAGAAUCGUGUUGCUCCAAAGACUUUUGGCAAAGCACAAUGAUCCGUUGACACUCGAAGAGUUGAAAGAGAUGGCAAUUUUGACGGAGGGAUAUUCGGGAAGCGAUUUAACUGGAUUAGCUAAGGACGCAGCACUCGGGCCUAUUAGAGAACUGAAUCCAGAUCAGGUAAAAGAGUUAGACCUCAAUUCUGUUCGUAACAUCACAAUGCAAGAUUUCCGUGAUUCCCUAAAAAGAAUUCGCAGAUCCGUUUCGCCGGCAAGUUUAGCUGCCUACGAAAAAUGGAGCUUCGAAUACGGAGACGUGAGUCUUUGAUUUGGAAAAAAAAGACUGCUAAGGUAAUCGCGUUAGAUUUAAAUGCGGUGUCGGCAAAAUGAAGUUACAAAUAUCCCCGACAUAUGUUUGCGCGUGAGAGAAAAGUGUGCGGGUGUCAAGUAACGCGACACAUAUUUUAUUCUUACAAAUACCACAACAUAUUAGAUGUUUGUGAAACAAGACAAACGGACGAAACACAUUGAAAAGAACGUCUUUCGCGGUUCCAAUGGUGCUUCACAGUAUGAGAAACCGAUAGAUUGACUCGUAUAAUUGUUGCAUUUAAGAAUCAAAUAUUUGAUUCUUGUUUUAUUUCUACAUAAACGCCAUUUUUUGUGGACGCAUGAAAAUUAGAUUUAGACAAAUCACAAUAAAGUUAAUCUUGAAUUCGUCAUGAUCAGACGAUGAUGUAUUGUGAAAUGUUUUCAAAUGUGUAAAUAUAUAUGUUCUUGUUUUUUUUUUACUUUUAGGAUAAAAAGAAAGUCUCUCUUCAAUAUAUGUGUGUUAGGUUUUUUUUCUAAUUUAACGAAACUAAAUACUCUAUCUAACUCUCUAUCCAGUGAACGGAACAGUUCAAUCAAAGUAGCUUUAAUGUUUACCGGUUCGAUAAUAAAGGCACUUUAUUAUUUAGUAUAUUCCCGAUUCACUUUCUUUUAAUAAGAACUAGUAUUUAACAUUUGUGACAGAUUUUUGUUACAUGCAAAUAAGUUAACGUAUAAAUGUCAAAGUUAUACAUAAUAAGUUAAUAAUUUACAUAUCUGAAGUUAUAAUAAAUUAUAACUUAAAUU